CGAAUUACCACCUUUCCGAAAACUGCAAAUGUCAUUAACCUGUCAACCUGUGAUUUGAUGAUGUAACAGAGUCAAAGUAAAACAAUUCUGUUUAUGUAACAAACGUGCAAGUUUAUACUAAAUGAAUGUCGCAACAAAGCUUCAUCUUUACUGUAAUUUCUUCAACUAGUAAGAGUUUAAUUCAUUUUCCCAUAAAAUCGGUUAUUUGGCCAAGCACGUGUCACAGAUCUGUCAAGAAUUUGACUUUCAAUGAUAUCCCGAAAAUUCUUAGUUUUAAAUGAAGUUAAAACGAAUGCUACAUCCGUUGUAGUUGAGAAAUUAUGAUAAUAGAAACCACAGUGACCUCGAGUUAAAAAACCCAAGAUGUCUUUUCUCAGUGUGAUAAGGAGGAGUGCCCCAAAACUGAUAAAAACUUGCAUUAUUCGCCCCGUAACUAACGGAGUCCCAAAUUUAAACAAAAAAGAAAUUGAAGUUACAUUUGUGAGACACGAUGGUACUCGCAUUAAAACUAAAGGAAAAGUAGGGGAAUCCUUUCUGGAUGUGGUUGUCAAUAAUGAUUUAUCUUUAGAAGGUUUUGGCGCUUGUGAAGGCACCUUAACUUGCUCAACUUGUCAUCUCGUCUUCAAAAAAGAAGAUUUUGACCAACUCCCCGAUCGUCCUGAAGGUGAAGAAGGCGACAUGCUGGAAUUGGCCAGAGGUGUCACGGACACGUCUCGUCUAGGUUGUCAAGUUUUUUUAACAGAAAAUAUGGACGGAAUUGUUGUUGAUGUUCCAGAGAGCUCAAACGACGCAAGACUUCAGUGAAACCCACUUUCUAAUUUAGUCAAUUUUAUUUAUAGGGGAAUUUAGGGGGAGGGUGGUAACACUGCGUACUCAAAUUGUCGACUAAUUUUAAGUAACUAACCCGCUUUUCUAGUUUUUUGGUGCUUCUCUUUAUUUUGUUAUUAAGUUGAAAUAUGUACAGAGUUGUUAAUAAAUAUUUUUUAAGAGUUUACAAUAAAAUGUCACAAUUUG